UCUCAUUUAUAGUUCGGUUCUCGCUUGGAGAAGCAGGUUAAAGUCGAAGAAGGCGUUUUCCGGUGGAGAUUCCCCCCCGUUGCCCGUGCAAUAUCCAGCUUGGUAGAAAGGACGCGCGUACCCCCGGGGACGAGCAUGAAGUAUCUGGUACUUCUGGUGGUGGGAGUAUUCCUGUUUACAGGAAUCUCCACGGUUCGUGCGGCGGACGAUGCCGACACGGAGGACCUGCCGGUGGUCGAGCCAAACCUGGGAGCGUCCAAGCAGGGCUCCCGCACCGAUGCCGAGGCAAUCCAGCGCGAGGAGGAAGCCAUCAAGUUGGACGGUUUGAACGUGGCCCAGAUCAAGGAGCUGCGUGAAAAGUCCGAAAAGUUCACCUUCCAGGCCGAAGUCAACCGGAUGAUGAAGCUGAUCAUCAACUCGCUGUACCGCAACAAGGAGAUCUUCCUGCGUGAGCUCAUCUCGAACGCCUCGGAUGCGCUGGACAAGAUCCGUCUGCUUUCGCUGACCAAUCCCGGCGUGUUGGACACGAACGAAAACCUCGAGGUCAAAAUCAAGGCCGACAAGGACGGCAAGGUGCUGCACAUUAUCGACACCGGUAUCGGUAUGACGAAGCAGGAUCUGGUCAACAAUCUGGGUACGAUUGCCAAGUCCGGCACGGCCGAUUUCCUCUCCAAGAUGCAGGAAACGAAAACCGAGGGCCAGGACGUCAACGACAUGAUUGGACAGUUUGGCGUCGGUUUCUACUCGGCCUUCCUGGUGGCCGAUCGCGUCGUGGUGACGACGAAGCACAACGACGACAAGCAGUACAUCUGGGAGUCGGACGCGGCAAGCUUCAGCAUCGUUGAGGACCCACGUGGAAACACUCUGCAGCGAGGUUCGCAGGUUUCGUUGCAUCUGAAGGAAGAGGCUUUGGACUUCUUGGAGGAAGACACCGUCAAGCAGCUGAUCAAGAAGUACUCGCAGUUCAUCAACUUCCCGAUCUACAUGUGGACCAGCAAGGAAGUCGAAGAGGAAGUUCCGGUGGAGGACGAGCCGGCGGAAAAGCCCGAAAAGAAGGACGAAGAUCAAACCGAGGAAGAAGACGGAAAGGUGGAAGAAGAAGCGGAAGAGGACAAGCCAAAGACCAAAAAGAUCAAGAAGACCGUCUACGAUUGGGAAAUCAUGAACGACAGCAAGCCCAUCUGGACGCGCAAACCGAACGACGUUACUGAAGACGAGUACACCGAAUUCUACAAGAGCCUCACCAAGGACACGUCCGAACCGCUGACUCACACUCAUUUUGUGGCCGAAGGAGAAGUUACCUUCAAGUCGCUGCUGUACAUUCCUAAGGUUCAGCCAUCGGAGAGCUUCAACAAGUACGGCACCAAGGCGGACAACAUUAAGCUGUACGUGCGUCGCGUGUUCAUCACCGACGAGUUCAACGACAUGAUGCCCAACUACUUGAACUUUAUCCGUGGUGUGGUCGAUUCCGAUGAUCUGCCCCUGAACGUGUCCCGUGAAACGCUCCAGCAGCACAAGCUGAUCAAGGUCAUCAAGAAGAAGCUGGUCCGCAAGGCGCUGGACAUGAUCAAGAAGAUCGACAAGGAAACGUACGAAAAGUUCUGGAAGGAAUUCUCCACCAACAUCAAGCUCGGAAUCAUGGAAGACCCCAGCAACCGGUCGCGUUUGGCCAAGCUGUUGCGUUUCCAGUCGUCCAACGGUAAGAGCUCCAAGGAGUACACCGGCCUGUCGGAGUACGUGACGCGCAUGAAGCCGAAGCAGGAACACAUCUACUUCAUCGCCGGAUCGAGCCGUGCCGAAGUCGAAAAGUCUCCCUUCGUCGAGCGUCUGCUGUCGCGUGGCUUUGAAGUUUUGUACCUGGUUGAAGCCGUCGAUGAGUACAGCAUCUCCGCUCUGCCCGAGUUCGAUGGCAAGAAGUUCCAGAACGUCGCCAAGGAAGGAUUCGUGCUGAACGAAUCGGAGGAAUCCAAGGCUCGCUUCGAGGAACUCAAGACGGAAUUCGAACCGCUGCUGAAGUGGCUGAACGAUGUCGCUCUCAAGGACAAGAUCGCCAAGGCUCAGGUUUCCGAGCGUCUGUCCAACUCGCCGUGCGCUCUGGUUGCGUCCAUGUUCGGCUGGACCGGUAACAUGGAACGACUGGCCAUGGCCAACGCUCACCAGAAGACGGACGAUCCUCAACGCCAGUACUACCUGAACCAGCGCAAGACCCUCGAAAUCAACCCGCGCCAUCCGUUGAUGCGUGAGCUUCUGCGCCGCGUGGAUGCCGACAGCGAAGACGUUGUCGCCAAGGACAUGGCCGUCCUGAUGUUCAACACUGCUACGCUGCGAUCCGGUUUCCACCUGCCGGAGACGUCGGACUUUGCCGACAGUAUCGAGCGCAUGAUGCGGCAAACGCUCGGAGUGGCGUUGGACGAGCAGCCGGAACCGGAGGAAUUUAUCGACGAGCCCGAAGCAGCGGACGAUGCUGGCAAGGACGAGGAGGAGGACAUCAACGCCGAGGAUGAACAUGACGAGCUGUAAAUCGAAGUCGGAGUGGGAAUGAGUAUGUGUAGAGCGAACGCGUGUGACUGAGUGUAGUGUGUUAAGAGACUGAUUUAAUUCCAUUUGUAGUCAAGCUAGUAAUUUCCUCAGCUCUGAUUGGCAUGAACAAAACAAACAAGAAACGACGAUAAGGCGGCAUGUUUUCGAUGCUCGUCUCGUUAAGCGUCCAAAUUGAAAAAGAACAAGUUCUUUAUUUAUUAAGCUACUACGUACAACAUUGUGCAGUGUCAUCACAUUGAUUGAUUUUGGUAACUGAUGAAGUUAGAGUGUAAAGCAUUGUGACAAAUAGCAUUUUUUUUUGUGAAAACAAAACAUAAAUAAGAAUAAAAUGAACUAUUGAAAUGAA